AAACAUGUUCCUUAACCUAGAAGUAGCAUUUUAACUACAUGAAUUUGUGGUUCGGCUCGUCCGAACUAGCUCGAAUACACCGAGUCUACGUAAACACGGAUAGCAACGCCGUCAGUAAUUAAGCCAUCGAGGGACAAUUCCAACUUCCCCGCGUCCUUACAACAUCCUCCUGUUCCUUCUGCGUCAAAAUCGACGGCUUCUGGGAUGUGUAGUUUUUGAGUCCUCCUGUCCACGCUGCCUGUGCUCAAACAACUACAGUUCCCAGGAAGCAGCGAGAACCUGUGAACCGCGAACAUACGUCACCUUCUCCAGGAGCCAAUCGCGCGGCGGCCGAAGCGAGCGCCGUCAGCCGCCAAUGUUGUUUUCGCUGAGUCGAGCUCUGGUGGUGUUGGCGGUGCGGGCGCCAUAUUGGAAGGGACGAGGCGGUGUUUUUUUUUUCCCUUUCACCCCACCCAGGCCCCCCCCUCGCUCGUCGUUGAAACAACGGAGCCGCCCGGGCUCGUGCCUCGCCGCCGCCGCCGCCACCAUGCUGUACUUGGAGGACUACCUCGAGAUGAUCGAACAACUUCCCAUGGAUCUCCGCGACAGGUUCACCGAGAUGCGCGAGAUGGACCUGCAGGUGCAGAAUGCAAUGGAUCAACUGGAGCAAAGAGUAAAUGAAUUUUUUAUGAAUGCAAAGAAAAACAAACAUGAAUGGAGAGAAGAACAAAUGACUUCAAUUAAAAAGGAUUACUACAAAGCGCUAGAAGAUGCAGAUGAAAAAGUACAGUUGGCUAAUCAAAUUUAUGAUUUAGUAGACCGUCAUUUAAGAAAAUUGGACCAGGAAUUAGCUAAAUUUAAAAUGGAACUUGAAGCUGAUAAUGCUGGUAUUACCGAAAUACUGGAAAGACGUUCUUUGGAACUGGAUACACCCUCACAACCAUUGAAUAAUCAUCACGCACAUUCUCACACUCCAGUAGAAAAAAGGAAACACAAUCCCUCCUCUCAUCAUGCAGCAGCAGACCAUGUACCUGAAAAGAAGUUUAAAUCUGAAGCUCUUCUGUCAACUCUCACUUCAGAUGCCUCUAAAGAAAAUGCACAAGGGUGUCGAAACAGUAAUUCAUCAUCCUCAUCCAACAGUGCAUAUAAUGCAAAUUCUUCUCAGCCAUUGGCAUCGUAUAACCUGGGCUCAUUAUCUUCAGGAGCUGGAGCUGGUGCUAUCACCAUGGCAGCAGCUCAGGCAGUGCAAGCCACAGCACAGAUGAAAGAAGGAAGACGGACAUCGAGCUUAAAGGCAAGCUAUGAAGCCUUUAAGAACAAUGACUUCCAACUCGCAAGAGAAUUUGCAUUAUCCAGGGACACAGCAGGAUAUACAUCAUCUGCUUUGGCAUCCACAUUAUCACAGACAUUGAGUUCAUCAACCACAGAUUCACGGAGUGGUAGAAAAAGCAAAAACAAUACCAAAUCUUCAAGUCAACAGUCGUCCUCAUCAUCUUCAUCUUCUUCUUUGUCAUCAUGUUCCUCAUCCUCUGCACUAGCCCAAGAACUCUCCCAGCAAACAGCAGCCAUUCCCGAGUCUGAAUCUAAUAGUCAGGUUGAUUGGACCUAUGAUCCAAAUGAGCCACGUUACUGCAUUUGUAAUCAGGUGUCAUACGGUGAAAUGGUGGGCUGUGAUAAUCAAGAUUGUCCUAUAGAGUGGUUCCAUUAUGGCUGUGUUGGAUUGACAGAAGCACCAAAAGGAAAAUGGUACUGCCCACAGUGUACUGCUGCAAUGAAAAGAAGAGGCAAUAGGCAUAAAUAAAUGCUGCAUUAUCUUCACUCCAGUUAACAUAUUCCUUUGGGAGGUGGAUUAGGAGGAAAUGCUUCUUUGCAGCUAGUCAAAGAAGGAUUGAUAUAGCUGUCAAAAAUAUUGACUUCUUAAUUUUGCUAGCUGUGUUUUAAUAUUGUACCUAAAUUAUUUAUGCACUACUGCUGUGCUAUAAAUAGUUUUCCAGUUAGCCAUGGAUUAUUCCAGUGGCAAACAUAUGCAGACAUUUGUACUCCGACCAUUUUCUCUAAGCAAUGGGCAUUCUAUGAUAACUUGGUCUUCAGAUAAUUCCAGCAAAAGGACAUUUCGAAUCAUUUUAUAUUCAGCUGACAUUCUGCUGCAUGUUCUGUGCUCAAGAACUGUUAUGGAAUUUAUGUAUAUAAGUGGUAAAAGAAGUCAGGCUGUCAAGAGAAUGGACUUUUUCAAAUGCCUUUAGAGCUUGCUCUCUUGUUGAAAUAGAAUUCAGCAGGCUGAAGAAGAUGGUUCUUGUAUACACACACUGGGCUAAUAUCCUCUGGAGUACUUGGAACAUAGCAACAGACUCUUGUACACUUUAAAGGAAAAAAAAUACCACUAAUCUUUAUAUGUUUGGGGUCCAUUCAGGGCAUAGUCAUUAAAAAUGGUGUUAAAGUGAUAAACUUUUUAUACCAAAUGUGUUUAUUUUUUGUGCAAGUGAUCCUUUAAAUUGAAACUGUAUUAGGUGUUCAAAUUUGAAAAAAAAUCAAAUGCUAGUAUUAAUGCUUUGCAUACUGUAUCAAAGAAAGACAGUACAACAUUUCAUGAAAGCUUUCAUAAUAUGCAGUCUAACUGGAGGAUUUUAAAUAGUUUUUAUUUUUUUUAAUAAAAUAUAUAAAUAAAAGGUUUCCAUCUCCAA